AGUGCGGGCGCGGCGAUGCCGCUGCCGGGGGGCGACGGGGCCGCGGCGGCCAGGCAGCCCCCGUCCGGCGAGGCGGCGGCACCGCGGGACGAAGAGCAGCAGGAGGAGGAGGGCGAGGAGGAUCUUCGCGACGGCGGCGUCCCCUUCUUCGUCAACCGCGGCGGGCUGCCCGUGGAUGAGCCCACCUGGGAGCGGAUGUGGCGGCAUGUGGGCAGGAUCCACCCCGAAGGGGAUCGGGUGGCGCAGAGGAUCCGGGGCGCCGCCGACCUGCCCAAGAUUCCCAUACCAAGUGUGCCUGUGUUCCAGCCGUCUACCCCCAUCCCUGAGCGCCUGGAAGCUGUACAGCGCUACAUCAGGGAGCUUCAGUACAAUCACACUGGGACACAAUUCUUUGAGAUUAAGAAGAGCAGACCUCUGACUGGGCUGAUGGACCUGGCCAAAGAAAUGACCAAAGAGGCCCUGCCAAUAAAAUGCCUGGAAGCUGUGAUCCUGGGAAUUUACCUCACCAACAACAUGACCACACUGGACCGUUUCCCCAUCAGCUUCAAAACCCACUUCUCAGGGAACUACUUCCGACACAUCGUGCUGGGGGUGAACUUUGGCGGCCGCUAUGGGGCACUGGGCAUCAGCCGCCGUGAGGAGCUGAUGUACAAAGCACCUGUCUUCCGCACACUGAGCGAACUCAUCUUUGACUUCGAGGAGGCGUAUCGCCGCUGCUGGCACACUCUGAAAAAGGUGAAGCUGGGCCACUGUGUGUCCCAUGAUCCACACAGUGUGGAGCAGAUUGAGUGGAAGCGCUCCAUCCUGGAUCUAGAUAAGCUAACACGGGAAGACUUUCGCAAAGAGCUCGAGAGACAUGCCCGUGAUAUGAGGCUGAAGAUUGGGAAAGGAACUGGACCACCAUCUCCCACCAAGGACAGAAAGAAAGAUGUCUCCUCCCCACAAAGAGGUCAGGCCAGCCCCCAUCGGCGAAACAGCCGUGGGGACCGACGGCCAUCUGGUGAGAAGAAGCCUGCCGAUUCCAAAGCCAUGCCAGACCUCAAUGGGUACCAGAUCCGGGUAUGAAGAGAGCUGUGCCUUGUGUGCCUGGCUCUAUGGACUUCUUGCUGGCCACAGUUGGGACCUGGAUCCACCUGCUGUGAUUCUGACAAAUGGGACAGGGGAGUGGGAGCAAAAGAGAGUGCUGAUUUUCCCAGGUGCUUACUAGUGGGCCAGUCCCAGAGCUGGAUCCCAUGGGUCCCAGAGGAUUCGCCUGCCUGUUUCUGGGAGAGGUGACCAUCUUAAUUCAUUUAAAUAUUUUUAAAAAAAAAGAAAAAAAAAGAAAAAAUAUGUACAUUAGUGGGAGUUUGCUUCAGGAAGAAUAUUAAGUGAGUGGGGUCAGUGGACUUGCUAUCUUUGCCUUGACAGCAAGCAGAUGGAGCAUCUUGUCAACAGUACUUCUUCCGUGUGUGCACAGAAGUUUUCAACCCCUGCAAGGCCUGCAGGGCUGAGGGAGAAGUGAUGCUGGAACGGGAUGGCCCCUGAAUCUUGUACAAAAACUCCUGGUUUUGUCAUUAUGAACACUUUGUUUAUCAUUGCUCUUGUGAGAGUAGGUCUGAAUUUCCUCAGCCUGAUUUAUUGACCAUACAAAGUCUUCUCAUUCAGAAAAAACACAUUUUGUACGCUUAGUCCUGCCUAUUUCAAAGUAUUUCAUUGUUGCUGAGGGGGUAGACAGUGGAAUGCUGGUGAAUUGUUGCUGUAGGUCCUUUGGUGGUUGAGUGGAUCAGGAUAUGACUAUACCACUGCUACGUGAAAACAGGCAUAGAGAGCUCAAUUGUUCGAGCAAUGGGGGAGAUGGGGCAGGUGGGGGCUGGUGGAAAACCUGAACUUCACAUCAUCUGUUCAUCAUCCUUCUCUCUAUUAACUUCUAGUGGCUGCUACUCAGAAAGCUUGUGGCAGGCAUUUCAGUCACUGAGGUACAAGUUUUAAGAGUAAAAAGUUAAAGAAGGAUGUAAUAAUGUGUACAGGUUUUACAAGCAUUUUUUCCUUUCCACAUGGCUCUUGCUCCUUCCUUUGUGUUGUGUUAGUGCCAGAGUUGCACACACCUGUUUGUAAGCUCUGCUCAAGGAAAUUGCAACUGCCUUCCUGACAGCUCACCCUGGAGCCUCCUGAAAGCAGUUCCCCACCCGAGUGCCAGAGCUGUGCUUGUGUUCUGGCUCUUUGGAUAGCCGCAGUAUGUAACAGCGCCACUUACACUAACCUUUCCCAAAGGGCUGGGCUGGGCCUCUCUGCCACUUGUGGCCUUUACUUCCUAUGCUUCUUUUGGGGGAGUGUUGUAUUACUGAUUCAGCAGUGUAAUGCUUGUCAGAAAUCUGGAGUAUUGUCAGGAUCUCUCUGUUUGAGGCCUAGGCCAUGGGAACAGUGGGAUUUCCAGAAGUCAGAACAGCAUGGUCUUAAAGUGGUUUGGAUGCAUGGAUCUGGGGGAUGCAUAAACUGAGCUUGGGAGUGGGAGUAUCCUGGAGAGAAACAGUCUUGUUUUAUCACAGCACUGACAAGCAGCUACACUUUCUGAAAUACCACAUAUUUAAUUUUGUUAGAACUGAGCUUAUUCUUUCCUUUCUUUCUUUGUUAGAAACAUGAUGGAACUUAGCUCUACUAGUUUUUUUGUUACAGUAUUCCUGUGCCUCAUCCUCAUAAUAAGUAGAGCUAUUUUGGUGGCAGAGAAUGGAUUCUUAACCCCAAACAAAUCAGCUCUUCUGCCUAGUUAAAGCAGUUAAUCCUCGAAGCACCACCCACAAGCGAUUUAACUCAGACCUUACAGGUUCCUAAUUGCACGUCCUUAACUGUGAUGUAACUUGCAAGAUGUAUCCAUACCACUGCAGUCAGUCCUUCCAAUCUCCCUUUGCAGUCUGUACUUUUCUGCUGUGUUCUACAACCAGGAGAAAAAUCUGCAAGAAGGUGUCAGAACUUGCUGCUGAGCCAAGAGAAAGUAAUCCAGAAGAGGAUGCCAGUUUCCACAGUACAGUGCAACACCUGUCCACUCCCUUAUAUUCCAGCUACAUGCAACAACUGAAGUUAACAGCAGCAGUGAGCCAAACACCCAUUUGAACAUGUCCUCUGGUCAUUUUUGUGUGGCUGUCAAUUAACAUAUUUAGUGUCUGGAUGCUAACCAUGAUGUUAGCUGUAAAGGCACCACAGCUACCUGUAAAUAAUAUGGGCCACUUGGAAGCCACAAACUGCCUUUGCAUAAUGUUUACUAUGCAGCAGACUGAAAGUUCAGAUGCCACUGUGAAUCAUAUGAUAAAUACAAGCAGCAGUCAGCAAGGGAAACUGUCAGGUUUUAUUAUAAAGUGGAUGAAAUCCAGAACUUAAAGAAAAUUAUAAAAGAUGCCUAGAAUGCGUCUUCACUAUGAUUUUGUUUAGUCAAUUGGUUAGUUAAUUCAGAGUAACUGGAGAGCUCUUGAGAGUAAUUAGUAGUUUAAUACAGAGAACAUUGAAUAACUGGACAGACUUGAGCUUUGUUAGAUGGAAAGGGGAAAUGUGGGGGUGGGAGGAAGACUUUACAACAGAUGAGACAAGUGAAGGGUCAGCUGCAAGUUAUUGAUGCUUUCUUGAGAGCAGGGCAACAGGGGUGUUCAGCAGUGUUAGAUCACCAAGGCAGAAUGGCUUAAAACAAAAUGCUUUGUUUGACUUUGUAAUUAAGAGCUUUCCUGCAGGAUGUAACUGAGGCCAAUAGCUUAGAAAAAGCUAUUUAGCUUAGAAAAAGCAAAGGAAAUGGAUGUUUAAGAUAUGAAUGACAGGUAGAGUUCAAGGUCUCUUAAUCCUCAGCUGCAGCUAGACAAGAACAUUCUCUUUCAAGAUCUAGUUGCACAAUUAUAUAUGUUAGGAAGUAUUUAAUUCUUUGCUUGUAUCUAAUGUUGAUUAACUUUUCAAGAUGGACGCAGGAGCAGACAAGUGCGCUCUGCUAGUGUUACCAUUUCAAGCCUUCUACUGCAUUUCUAUGUGUAGGAUUCCUGCUCCUUACUGUUUCUGUAUCUCCAGUUCAGGAGAUGGUACAAGAAACUGUAAAAGGACCACAGAGUGUUCCCCUUCUUGCUCUUGCUCCCCCCAUCUUUGUAACAGAAUGAAUCACUUCAAUUCAAAGCUUAGCUUCCUUCCUAACAAAACCACAUCCUUCCAUGACAGAGAGGAUUAAUGCAAUCUAGCUUUAUGCUGUAAGAAAGCUGAGGGUACAGUGCAAGACAAAGUUUAGCACUUCGACUUCUUUCCCCCCCACCUACUUGGUCUGGUUUCUGGUCUGUCUGCCUUUAACCAUAAGGAAAAAAGGCUGGUGAUGAGAGUCUUUUUCACUUCUGCAGGCUUUAGAGCUACACAGAAGGAAUGAUAAUAUAAGUAGUUCUCCUUUAGUGCUGGCAGAACAAGGAAGAUGGAUCUCAAGGAGUCCUAUUAAUUUUUUAAUACUAAAUAUUAAUUGGGUCGCUCAUGUAGCUCUGUGAUGUAAAAUUUCACUGUUUAGUAGGUCUCACAUGAUGUCUGCUCUGCAGUACAAGUCCUGUGAACUCUGUGGAAAGGAACUGUGUUUGUACACUAGGAAUGGAUAGACACUGCCUGCAUUUUAUGUGAAACUGAGGUGAGCUUUGAAAGACUUCAACAAAUGCUGACCUAUUACUGGCAAAACUAUUCUAAAUGUAAUGCAAACCUUGAAAUAAGAGGCCCUCUUUAUACUUUAUGUAGACAAGUCCCUUGAUACAUAGCCAACUGCAAUUUUUUUAAUGGACAGAUUCAUUAGUGAGCAAAACUUUCAGCUACAGCAUCACUCUGAUACAAACUUUGUAUAUUAAAGAGCAGGGUUGGGUGUCCAUCAGUCUGUGACACACUAACUUUUUUUUUUCUGGUAGAAGCUAAAGGAGUCUUUAGGAAAUUGGCGUGUGUUAGCAAGUGUUUUAGGUGGGAGUGGAGUCUGUUCACAUUGUAGCUUUAUUGCUGUUUUCAAAUCUGCUUAACAGGAUGAAUUUUCUUAUAAGUAUUUCAGGUGAAAGCCUUAAUCAGGUGCCUGCCCCCUAAGGCAGAAUCAUGUGUGGUGUGGUAUAGACUGGAACAUGACAGUCCUUAAAAUUUCAGAGUUUAAGAAACCAUAAUGAACAGAAGAAAGCUCCUGUUAGCCAAAGGGCAAGAGUCUGGAUUAGGCUGGCUUGACCUUGCUCCAGUGGCUCUGGCUAGUCACUUCAGGUGGUUGCUUUAGCUACCUGCUUCUUCUGAAUGAAGUAUUAUCAAGUGGUCCUGAUGAUCAAACAGUAGGUAUAGGCAGGGGACGUCCCAAGUGCAUUGUGUGUGAAGUCUGGCUGAAAUAACACCACACAUCCCAGUGGCCUUGCACUGUUGUCCUGACAACAUUUAGACCUGCAUUAUGGAUUUAUAACUUUCCUUAACAAAGCAAGUGCUGUUCUGGCUUGAUGUUUGCUCUCCCUGAGAAAGGUGGAGAUGGCCCCUCUACAGCCAAGCUGAACUCCUUAGAAUUUAAUAUUUUUGUGUGUCUUCUGAGCAGGUGUUUACUUGUAUCACAACCACUCUCCUUCAGUGGUGCCCUGGCCCUUUCUGCUCCAGAGCAACUCAGUUCAGGCUCAGAAGGCUCCUGAAUCCCCCAUACUCUCUGCAGAGCAGAGUUUCCCUCCAGGUCAGGGUUGAGAUGGUGCUAGUGGGACCAGAGCAGUCCCCUUCCAUGCACACCAGUAUUCUACUCCAGCACUGAUAGGGUGCUCCAAAACCAUUUACAUCUUUAUCACUGGUACAGCUCAGAACUAAGAAAUUGAAAGUUUCUUUCUUUAAGAACAGUAUCAUGUGUGUCUUUUUGUAAUUAAUCAGUGUGGUUCUGUGUUCUUACAUAGCCAACACAGAAUUUUUAUUUAGAUUUAGGUUUUUACUGCACUUCCCAUGGCCUUCAUGUUGAUACUUCUUCCAGCUUCCUUUGACACUUAGACAAUAAAAUUCCCUCUGUACUGCUCUCAGCUUGUGCAGAGAAAACAA